CCAGGGAAGGCAGAGCCCCAGCUUCACUCCCUGAGGUCUGUCCUGGGGAGACAGUGCUGCUCCGGGGGGCUGACCUGGCGGGGAGUGGCAGCGCAGCCCGCUCCCGCGCCGCUUUGUGCGCGCAGCCGCUGGGCCCUCUGCUCCCGGGUCUGCCCCCCCGGACGCCCCCCUGCCCCGCCCCAGUCAUGCAACUCUACCUGCCUCUGCGCUGUGGACCUUUGGGAAGCAGUCGCCCACCCCGGGGGCUCGGGCCCUGACCCUGCCAGGCAGCCGGUAGGUGUCCUCCCGGGGCCCUCCCGCGCCCCUCGCGCCCGCCGGGGCCCCUGACUCCGAAGUUGUGGGGACGAUCGCAAGUUGGAAAGUUUCCCCGAGGGCUGGUGCAGGCUUGGAGCCGGGGGGACGCGCGCAGUCCUCGGAGCCUGAGGGGGCCAGUGACCAAAACCUCGUGCAACUGAGCACAACCAAGGUGCAUGCAGAUUCUCCUCUGAAGUGAGACUUUCCAAAGGACCAAUGACUCUGUCCCUCAUGCCCUUUCAGAUUUUCCUACUUCAUAGCUAUGUCUCGAUCUCGCCACGCAAGACCUUCCAAAUUAGUCAGGAGGGAAGAUCUAAACAAGAAGAACAACAAGCAACUGAAGAAGGGAUCUAAGCCAGCCAACAAAAAUGUGGCGACUGUCAAGACUGUGAGCCCUGGAAAAUUGGAGCAAUUCGUGCAAGAAAGAGAUGUUAAGAAAAAAACAGAACCCAAACUGACUGUGCCAGUCAGAAGCCUUCUGACAAGAGCUGGAGCAGCACGAAUGAAUUUGGAUAGGACCGAGGUUCUUUUUCAGAACCCAGAGUCCUUAACUUGCAAUGGGUUUACAAUGGCUCUGCGAAGCACCUCUCUUAGCAGACGACUCUCCCAACCCGCAAUGGUCAUAGCCAGACCCAAGAAAGUUCCACCACCUAAGAAUCUAGGAAAGCAACAUGAGUGUAAUUAUAAGGUACUUACAGACAUGGGAGUAAAGCACUCAGAAAAUGAUUCAGUCCCGAUGCAAGACCCCCCAGUCCCCCCUGACAUAGAGAAGCUAAUUGGCAUACAAAAUGCAUCUUUCAUUAAAGACGAGAGCCAAGAGACAGCCCAGUCUUGGUCCCAAGGUGUCGAGGAUUCCAAAAUAAUUUGCUCUACUCCUAGUGACCCUGCAGCAGAGAUUCUUUCUGGGUCACUGGAAGGGACAUGUGGUGGAGAAGAACUAUUCUCUAGAGAGACAGUGAAUAAUAUCAGUGAUUCCCCUAGAAUGUUUGCUCAGGACACUGUCUGUGUUCCUUUGCUCCAAAGAGCAGCCCUCAAGGUUACCUCUGAAGGAAACCCCAGCAUUCAGUUAGAAGAUUUGGGUUCACGAGUAGAAUCUCUUAAGCUGUCUGAUUCUUACCUGGAUCCCAUCAAAAGUGAACAUGAUUGCUGCCCCACCUCCAGCUUUAAUAAGGUUGUACCUGCAUUGGACCUUAGAAACUGUUUGUCUAUUGGUGGGUCAAUAUAUCCUACCUCAUUAAUAAAACUCCUCUUGGCAGGUUCAGAACAAGAAACCCUUGGUGCUAAACCAGAUCAUCAAGAGGUACUCAGAACUACCCCAGAUCAACAAGAAGUUCCUGAUACCACCCCUGUCCUAGGACAGGCCUUUAGUGCUGUCCCACAUCAAUGGGAAGUUCCUGGUGCUAACCCAGUUCAUGGAGAGCCUUUGGGUGAGACUCCAGACCCACCAGAGAUUCCUGGUGCUAUUCCAGUCCAAGGAGAGGUCUUUGGUGCUAUCUUAAAUCAACAAGUCCUUGGUAUGGGUGGUGGUACUGCCUCAGACCCACCUAUCUUUCUUCCAGCCCCUCUUAACCCAGUUGCUACCUGUAAUGCUCUCCCAGCAUGGCCAGAGCCCCAGGGAACUGUUUCAUCUGGACUUGAGGUCCCGGGCACUAUGCAGAUUUUGCCUUCGGGUUCAGGUCACACUCCUCAACCAUCAUCAAACUCAGAGAUAAUUUUGGUACCUCCUGUAAUACCUAUGAACAAUAUAGAAAAUGAGAAGAAGGUUCAUAUAAGCUUUCUGCCAGCUCACACUCAGGGGUUCACAUUAGCCCCUGAGAGAGGACUCCAGCCGGCUCCACAGGGCAUUGCCCAACUCUCCCUGGUGAGUCCCAGCACAUUGGAAGGAGGGACCUCCCAGAUCAGCGCCACCAGGAUGGUUGACAUCAACACCACAGUGGUGUCUAGGCCAGUGCCACUUGCUAGUACCUCUUCUCCUUCCUACACAACUCUGCUACCUACCUUGGAAAAGAAGAAACGAAAGAGAUGUGGGGUCUGUGAGCCCUGCCAGCAGAAGACCAAUUGUGGUGAAUGUACUUACUGUAAGAAUAGAAAGAACAGCCAUCAGAUCUGUAAGAAGAGGAAAUGUGAGGAACUGAAAAAGAAGCCAUCCGUCAUUGUGUCUUUGGAGGUUGUAAAGGAAAACAAGAGGCCCCAGAGGGAAAAGAAGCCCAAAGUUUUAAAGGCAGAUUUUGACAACAAACUGGUAAAUGGCCCCAAGUCAGAAUCCAUGGAAUACAGUAGUUGUGCUCAUGAGGAAGAACAGAGAUUGGAAUUGAAUUCAUGUCCCUUAGAAAAUGUAACUAAAAAUGAAGAAAGGAUGACAGGUAUUGAAGUGGAGAAUUGGACACAAAACAAGAAAUCACACUUAACUGAUCAUGUCAAAGGAGAAUUUAAUACAAUUAAAACAGAAGUUGAAAAUCUGAAAAACUCUGAAGAUGACAGGAAAAAAAUUCUACUUACUGACCUCCUUGAACCUCAAAAAUUGUUUGCACAAACUGUAAGAAAUGGCAUUAAAAAUGUACACUAUUUACCAACUGAAACAAAUUUAUCUUUUAAAAAAAUCAACAUUGAAGAACUUGGCAAGGCAUUUGAAAACAAUCCUUAUAAAUUCCUGAAAGACACCGCAAACCAUAACAAUGUCAUGAGCACUGUUGCUACUAGUGUGAGCUGCGAUCAUCUCAAGGGAAAGAGCAAUGUUUUGGUUAUUCAGAAGCCUGGCUUUAAUUGUAAGUCUUUCCCAGAUCCUGUGAACUGCAACUCAAAUAGUCAUACUACUAUACACAAUGAAAGUGAUCAACCAAAAUCCCUAGAAAUUAUAGCAAAUAGAGAACUAAAAGAAGGAUCAACACUUCAACCAAGUCUCCUAUCCCUAAUGAAAGAUAGGAGAUUAACACUAGAACAAGUAGUGGCCAUAGAAGCUCUCACCCAACUUUCAGAAGCCCCAUCAGAAAAUUCCUCUCCAUCAAAGUCAGAGAAGGAUGAAGAAACAGAACAGAGAACAGCUAGUUUGCUUAACAGCUGUAAAGCUAUUCUGUAUUCUGUGAGAAAAGACUUCCAAGACCCAAACUUAAAAGGGGAGCCACAGAGCCUUCAUCACUGUCCAUCUUUGGAAAAGCAAAGCUCGUGCAACGCUGUAGUGUUCAAUGGCCAAAAUAUCAUUUCUAAGUCACACAACAGCUCACCUGGUGACCAAGCAUCCACAAAGGCACAGGAAAAUUCAACCAUCACAAAUUCACUUUUUAUACCAAAUUCAAAUUCAUCUAAAACUGAUACCAAUAAAAAUAUUGCGCAAGGUAGGAUUACUCUUGACAGUUCUAGGAAUUUGCAGCAGUUGACCACAAUAACUAGCAAAUCAGAGUAUUGUAACCAGUCACUGGACAACAGCAUCAAGUUGGAUUCAAAGGAUGAUUCAUCAUGUCAAGAUUCAGUUCACAGUAAAAUAGAAGAAGAUGUUGCCGCACAGUUAACACAACUUGCAUCAAUGAUUAAAUUCAAUUAUGUGAAACCAGAGGACAAAAAAAUUGAAAGUACACCAACAAGCCUUGUUGCAUAUAAUGUACAGCAAAAGUGUAACCAGGAGAUGGGCACACCACCACAGAAACCACCUUCCAGUGUUCAAAAUAAUCAAGGCUCAUCAGUAAUAAAGCAAAAGAACACAAUCCAGAAAAAGACAAAAUCUACUCCAUCAAGAGAUAGACGGAAAAAAAAGCACAUGGUCAUAAAUUGUCAAGAAAAUGACCAGAAAAAGCAGGAACAGUUGUCAUAUGAGUAUAGUAAAUUACAUGACAUUUGGAUAGCAUCUAAAUUUCAAAGAUUUGGUCAAUUUGGUCCACAUGAUUUUCCCAUUCUGUUGGGAAAAAUUCCUCCCCUAACUAAAGUUUGGAAACCACUGACGCAAACAAGUUCAGCAUUAGAGCACAAAAAAUUAUUUCCUCCACUCGCUCAGAUAAAAUUUGAGAGAUAUUAUCCUGAAUUAGCACAGGAAAAGAUGAAGGUUGAACCCUUGGAUUCUAUCCCCAUAAUCCCAUUAAAAACAGAAUCCACUGGGCAGGCAUUUUCAGAAAAUGCAUAUACUCAGGUACAGCCAACAGUGAAUGUCAAUCAGAAAGCUCAUCCUUUACUCCAGCCAGCCUCUCCAACCAACCAGUGUGCUAAUGUCCUGGACGGCAGUGACCAAAGACAGUUCCAAGAGGAUGUUAAAGACCAACUCAUGCAUCAGAGACUGCCAACAUUUCCUGGUAUCUCUCAUGAGACCCCUUUACCAGACCCAGCACAAAUUCUCAGGAACCUAAAUGUAGUAUGUUCAGGUGGAAUUACAGUGGUUUCUACCAAAAAUGAAGAGGACGUCUGUUCAUCUAGUGUUGGAACAUCAGAAUUUUCCCCAAUAAACAGUGCACAGAAAAGUUUUAAUGAUUAUGCGAUGAACUUCUUUACCAAUCCUACAAAAACCCUUGUGUCCACAACGAAAGAUUCUGAAUUGCCUACUUGCAACUGUCUUGAUCGAGUUAUACAAAAAGACAAAGGCCCAUAUUAUACACACCUUGGGGCAGGACCAAGUGUUGCUGCUGUCAGGGAAAUCAUGGAGAAUAGGUAUGGUCAAAAAGGAAAUGCAAUAAGGAUAGAAAUAGUAGUGUACACGGGGAAAGAAGGAAAAAGCUCUAAUGGGUGUCCAGUUGCUAAGUGGGUUUUAAGAAGAAGCAGCGACGAAGAGAAGGUUCUUUGUCUGGUCCGACAGCGUGCAGGCCACCACUGCCCAACAGCUGUGAUGGUGGUGCUCAUCAUGGUGUGGGACGGCAUUCCCCUCCCGAUGGCCGACCGGCUGUACUCGCAGCUUACCGGCAGUCUCAAGUCAUACAACGGCCACCCCACAGACCGAAGAUGCACGCUCAAUGAAAAUCGUACCUGUACAUGUCAAGGAAUUGAUCCAGAGACUUGUGGAGCUUCCUUCUCUUUUGGCUGUUCAUGGAGUAUGUAUUUUAAUGGCUGCAAAUUUGGCAGAAGCCCAAGUCCUAGAAGAUUUAGAAUUGAUCCAAGUUCUCCCUUACAUCACUACUAUGAAAGAAUUACUAAAGGACGUAAUCCAGAAAGAAGAUAUAUGAAACCGGAACCAAUCUGUCCGGAACACGAGGCCAUGGAAAAAAACCUUGAAGAUAAUUUACAGAGUUUGGCUACAGAAUUAGCUCCAAUUUAUAAGCAGUAUGCUCCAGCUGCUUAUCAAAACCAGGUGGCGCUUGAACACAUUGCCCGAGAAUGUCGGCUUGGGAAGAAAGAAGGUCGUCCUUUCUCUGGGGUCACUGCUUGCCUAGACUUCUGUGCCCAUCCCCACAGGGACAUUCACAACAUGAAUAAUGGGAGCACAGUGGUCUGCACUUUAACACGAGAAGAUAACCGUUCAUUUGGUGUUAUUCCUCAAGAUGAGCAGCUGCAUGUGCUUCCUCUUUAUAAACUUGCAGACACAGAUGAGUUUGGAUCAAGGGAAGGAAUGGAAGCCAAGAUCAAAUCUGGGGCCAUCAUGGUCCUUGCACCCCGCCAGAGAAAAAGAAUGCGAUUUACUCAACCCGUUCCUCGUUCUGGGAAGAAGAGAGCAGCGAUGAUGACAGAGGUUCUGGCACAUAAGAUAAGGGCUGUGGAAAAGAAAUUUAUUCCUCGAAUCAAGCGGAAGAAUAAUUCAAUGACAAACAAUAGUAAGGCUUCAUCACUGCCCCUUUUAGGAAAUAAAACAGAGACUGCGCAACCUGAAAUAAAAAGUGAAACUGAACCCCAUCUUAUCUUCAAAGGUUCGGACAACACUAAAAGCUACUCACCAACCCCGUCCAUUCCUCACCCAGGGAAAGAGGCAAACUUCACUCCAGCCUUCUCCUGGUCCUCUAAGACUGCUUUGGUCACAACAGCUCCUUUUAAGAAUGAUGGAUCACUUUCGUACGGGUUUUCAGAAAGAGGUAGCAGUCCCCACUGCAUAAUGCCUUCUGCAAGACACAGUGGUGCUAAUGUAGCUGCUGGGGAAUGCGCUGAAAUUGCACAGCCUGGUGAAGUGGUUCCUCUUCCCACCUUGUCUACUCCUAUGACAAAUUCCCUGGGUUAUUCUGAGCCUCCCAUUGGCCCAUCUGAGCAGCUAACUUCCAAUCAGCCAAACCAGCAGCCUCCAUUCAUCACUUCUCCUCAUGAGCUUGCUUCCUCUCUGGUGGAAGAAGACGAGCAGCCUUCUGAAGCAGAUGAGCCUCCAUCAGACGACGCCCUGUCAGACGACCCCUUGUCACCUGCUGAGGAUAAACUGCCCCACAUUGUUGAGUAUUGGUCAGACAGUGAGCACAUCUUCCUGGAUGCCAAUGUUGGCGGCGUGGCUAUAGCGCCUUCCCACGGCUCGGUUCUGAUCGAGUGCGCCCGGCGAGAGCUUCACGCCACGACUCCUGUUGACCACCCCAACCGAAAUCACCCUACGCGCCUCUCUCUAGUCUUCUACCAGCACAAAAACCUGACUAAGCCCCAACACGGUUUCGAACUAAACAAGAUUAAGUUCGAGGCGAAAGAAGCUAAGAAUAAGAAAACUAAAGCCUCCGAGCAGAAAGACCAGGCAGCUAACGAGGGUAUUGAACUGUCCACAGAAGUUAAUGAAUUUAGCCAGAUUCCUUCUCACAAAGCGUUAACAUUAACCCAUGACAAUGUUGUCACUGUGUCCCCUUAUGCUCUCACACAUGUUGCGGGGCCCUAUAACCAUUGGGUCUGAAGGCUUUUCUCCCCUUCUUAAUGCCUUUGCGAGUGCAGUGUAUUUUUUCAAGGUGCUCUUAAAAGAAAGUCAUGUUGUCGUUUACUAUAGCUUCAUCUCACCCAUUUGAAGGCUGAGGUUAAAAAAAAAAAUUGGGGGUGGGUAUUUCUUAACUGUGACUAUAUUUUGACAAUUGGUAGAAGGUGCACAUUUUAAGCAAAAAUUAAAGUUUUAUAGUUUUAAAUACAUAAAGAAAUGUUUUGGUUAGGUGUUAACCUUGAUAGAAUCACUCAGUUUGGUGCUUUAAAUUGUUUACUAUGAAACGAGUCAUUUUUAGAGGAUUUUAACAGGUUCAUGUGCUAUGAUGUAAAAUUAAGACACACAGUGUUAACUCUACACAGCUCCUGGUGCUUAACCACAUCGACACAAAAAUAAGCUGAUUUAUUAUUUCAUGGUGCCAUUGUUCCAACAUCUUCCAAUCAUUGCUAGGAAAUCGGCAUAUUCCUUUGAAAUAAACCAAUGAAGUGUUUUCUCUCUUAAAAUAUUUCUCCUGUAUAAAAUAAUUCAUUAUUGUUAGUAAUGGUUGGAGGCUGUUCAUAAAUUGUAAAUAUAUAUUUUAAAAGCACUUUCUAUUUUUAAAAGUAACUUGAAAUAGUAUAGUAUAAGAAUCCUAUUGUCUAUUGUUGUGCAUACUUGCAUACAAGAGAAAUCAUUUAUUCUUGCUGUGUAGAGUUCCAUCUUGUUAACUGCAAUGUGUAUCCUAAUCAUGUAUAUGGUUUGUGUUUUUUAAAUGUGUCCUUUCUCAUUCAAAGGUUAGCUACUUAUAUAAAAUAGUUAGAUCAUGCAAAAAUUGUUAAUUCUCUGUAAAAUUGGAAUUAGGAAGCAUAUCACCAAUAUUGAUUAACUUUUCUUUGGAACUAAAUAAGAGUGAUCUCUUCUGAUUGAGCAACAAUGGCCCUGAUUUACUUUUACCCCAGCUUUUGUAAUAUAAUCCAUAAAAGAUGUUUCCAAAAGGAGAUGAGACAUAAGAUGAUUCUGAAGAGUCAAAUGCUUCUAAAGUUUCAAGGUGAUAAAAUUAAAAAAUUAUGUGGCAAGAACUUUAUCUACCCCUUAUUCAUUCUGAAAGUCAUUCUGGUUCAGAAGACAAAUAAAAUUCCUGUAGAAAUUUUUUUGAUAGUAAAUUUCCUAUCAUCAUCAUCACACACCGCCGCCGCCCCCACCCACCCACCCCCCACACACACUCUCUCUCUCUCUCUAAAUAAACAGUAGGGAUGGUAUCCUAAACAUGGUUUGUCCGUUAACAGCUAAUCCAAAGUAGUUUAUCUAAGUAUAUUGUUUUGGGGAAAUGUUAACUCAUCUUUUUCUAGGUAACAGGAAAAUAGGCAUUCCAGUUAUUUUAGCUCUCCCAUUAUUUUUCCCAUUGCUUUAUUGACUCAACUUAUAGCAAAGCAAAAGUGAUUUCCCAAUCAAAAUGUUUAGAACAAGAAGAAAUUUCAAUGAAAUACUUGAUUCUGUUAAAAUGCAGAGGUGCUAUAACAUUCAAAGUGUCAGAUUCCUUGGGAGUAUGGAAAACCUACUGGUGCUUCUCCCUUGGAAAUGCCAUAGGAAGCUCACAACCGCUAACACUCACAUUUCUGGUGCAAAAGCAAACAGUUCCAACAAGCUAUCUAAAGGAAAACUCAUUGUAACUUAUAUUAAAAUAAUAUGUGGUGCAAAGUAUCAGUUUCGAGCUUUUGACUGAUUUUGACUAAAGGAAUAUGAAGGGAUUGUAAAUAACAAAAUGUCCAUUGAUUGACCAUCAUCUUGUCAAGUAGAUUUCUGCUUCUUGAAUAUGUAAAAUAGAGUAAAUCAUUGACUUGUUUUAGUAUUUUGUGUGCCUUAGAUUUCUGUUUGAAAACAUGUAUAUUUUUGUGAGCCUAAGGUUUCUUAUACAUAUGAGUAUAUAAAUAAGUGAUUGUUUAUUGUUUCCGCUGCUUCAGUAAGAUAUUACUAGUAUUAGACUAUCAGGAGUACACCCUUGUGAUAUUUUGUUUUAGACUUUAGGCCUUAGCUCCCACCAGAAAUUAUUUCCUCAACAGAUUUAAUGGAUAAAGUUGUAAGAACCUUUAUCCAUCCAUCCAUCUAUCCAUUCUCUAUUCAGUUCUCAUUGAAUGUCUGCCGAAUUUAAGUAUUAGCUUUGUUUUUCUUUAAGUCACCACCCUGACGUAGUAAACUUAAAGAAUUAAAAUUCCAAAAGGUACUGUUUUUUUUUUUUUUUUUUUUUUUUUUCAAAAACAGCAAAUUCCCUUCAAAACAAUCCACUGCAAUACAUCUGCAGCUAUUCAAAUCAGUUUGUCACUAAGUUUGAAUAAAUUCCUUAACAAUCUAAACUUGAAACACCAUUGUUGACGUAGGGGAACAUUCAGAUCUGUGAAGUUAGUCGCAAUUUACCAAAAUGAAUACAUGAAAAUACCCUGUCUCAACUAAAAUAUUUCCAUUCUCUUAUUGUAAGUAGCACCAUGAAUGGCUUGCCUCAACUGAUAACCCCUUGGUGGGAACCACCUAUGAUUCCUACCUUGUUGAACUCUUUUAUUUCCCAAGUUUCACAGUGUACCAUCCCAUUGUGUGCCCUGUGAUUUUUUUUCAAAGUUCAUGCUUAUAUGUCCUGCAGGAUUGUGAUUGUAUGCUGGCUUUACUGUUUUUAGAAUGCUCUUUAUCAUGAAGCAAGGAAAUAAAUUUGUUUGAAAUGACAUUUUCACUCAGAAAACUGGUCAUCUAACAUUAUUUCUACACUUCUGUUAUGUUUUACUGUAAAACCUUUUGUUUACCUCUUUUAUAGCCUUAUGUUUCAUCUUCUGCCUUUGUUCAUGGUAUGAUAAUUGAAUUCAUUUAUACUUGGCCCUUAAGUUAGCCCAACCUGUUCAUCAUAGUCACAAAGUUACCAAUUAUAAUGAGAGGAUAACUCCUACUUGAUGUAGAAUCCUACAAAAUGUCAUGCUGCCCUUCAAUGUCUCUUUAAUGGCUCUCAGGCCAUUGAUGAAAACAAUUUUCUCUUGUGCCUGUCAGCCUCAUCUUCAUAUUUCCAAUUCAUCCACAAAGUAUCAAAUAGAUCAUAUCAUAAACCUGAUUGAAACAUAUUCUUAUUGAAAAUUGAGGCUAGCUGAAAAUGUAUAGCUAUAGGUCAAGUUUUGCAAAAUGUUUGCAUCUUAAAUACCCUUCCACAUUCCUUAUUAUGAAGUCUGCAUGUGGAUGAAAUAAUUUCAUUUGUUAAAUAUAGAAUUUCAACUAGAUGAGAUUCAUAAGCAAUUUACUUAAGACAUAACCCCAAUAUAUAGUUAAUUGAAUGCAUACCGCUGUGUAAAUGAGGUACCGAAUUCAUAUGAAGUAACCUACUUUCUAAUGUUACUACUUCAGUGGAUUCCUACUGAUUAUCAUUUAUUUCACAACAGCAUGUAUGAAAAUAACCCCAAUCUAUUUAAGUUUAGUAUUCUUAAAACAAAUUAUAUCUUCUAUCUUGGACGAACUUAUGACAUUGCAUGACAACUUCCACAAAUAAUGGGCACAGCAUUUCCUUUGAAUGUGCCCAGCAAAUCAGUAGCUGUAUGUGACCUUUAAUAUAUAGCUACCUUCUAUUUCACAACUUCCUGAUGCAUGGAAAUCCUUUUUGUCUAGAUUUAGUACAACUGGGAAUUUUGAUCUCUUGUAGAAAUUUAUGAUGAGACUUGUGAAAUAAGGUAAAAUAGUGGCCUCUCACAGCCCCAGAAGAUACCUUAGAAGUCAUACAGUCCAGUCACUGGGGCCCAGACAGAUGUCAGUGUCGGUGUUCAAUUACAUUUGGAAAUAAAAUUUAAACAGUCAAAUGAAGGCCACUUUUUGGUUAGGAGGACUAUAGGAAAAUUUGAUCUGCUCACCCACAGGGGACUUUAUCACUAUAAUCUUAUUUUUGGUACAAGUCAAAAUAAAAUGGCUUUUGGGUUCUUUUUCUGAGCAAUUCAGGGUAAGAAGUGAAAUUGAAUCAAGAUUUCCCUGCCUGUAGAGUUUCGUGGGCCUUUUGUGGGAAAUCUAGCUGACUUUUACCUAUUAAGCUGUCCUGUUAAUUCAUCUCACAAAAUGUGGCAAUUGUCCUAUUUGCUAUUUCAAUAAAUGAAAAUCAAGUACUGAUAGAGUACAGGUUUUUAUUUCCCCUGGAACAAGUGUUUGGCACAUAAAGGGAGUUAUAGAAGACUGAAUGGUUGGAAUAAUUGGGGAAAGUAUAUUUCCAUUGUAUAUAUUCCCUAGCCAUAGUUGUACAGUCUAUCCACAUUCUUGCAUAGUUGGCCUCACAACAGAGUCCUAGACUAGUUAUUUUGAUGGGACUGUCUAUGUGUGUUAGAAUACUGUUUUGUGCACAGCUCCUAAACUUGCCCGUAAAUGUACUGAACUUGUGUAACUUUGAUGUCAGUGAUAUGGCACACUUAACCAAAAUAGAAUUCAGUGCCCUGAUUUCUGAAGACGUCUGGAUUUAUUUAAACCAAAUUAGGCUCCGUGUUGAGCUUUCUUCUAAUGGUUUACAAAAUGAUGCCAGGAGCCGUCCCUCAGAACUAUCUGAAAGACUGCCUCCUGGGCUUGAAGUCCUUAGAAGUUUUGCUGAAUAAAACAUAAUUCUUAACUUGGCAAGUGAAAAAAAAAAAAAAGAUGCCAUCCAUGGCUCUGAAAUACAGUUUGUAAAGAAUCAGUAUGUUCUUUAUCAGAAGUGGAAUUUGUGUAUUUUCUUGGAAUAUAUUGAGAAUCAUUGGAAUCUUUGCUUUUCUCUAGUGUAUAAAAUAAGAGUGUGAGUUCUUAUGUUAAUUUUGGAGAUGGUGGAGCUGGUUUUAAUGCAGUACAUCACUCUUCUUGUCCACAAUGAACUUGACAAACUAAUUGUCUGCAUUCCGGUAUCCGGAAGACUUCCCUUCAAUGCCUGUUUCUUCUCGGUAUUGAAUUAAAUACCAUUGUUGACUUCAAAGGGCAUGUGUUUUGUUCCUUCAGGUAAUCCAGGUGUAUUUGUCACUGCUUAUUUUCCCCUCUGUGAGGGUCUCACCUUGUGUUUCUCUUUUGCACUGUUUAAUAUCUCUAGCUGUAAAAGUCUAACAUUAAUCAUUUCUCUGUUGGUUGUACUCCUUUCCCGUCCCUACUGUGAUGUUCAUGAUCUUCCUUGGGUCAUAAAUUUUCUUCUAGUUUGCUCAGCCAUAGAUGUCCCUUAAAUUAAAAUAAAUCUUAGUCUAAGGUAAAUGUUAUAUAUAAACGGAUUUAACCCUUUUAUGUCUGAGUGCAACUUUGGAAACCCUUGGUUACGAGUAUAAACCUAGUUUUCCUAAAAAAAAAAAAAAGUCCUAGUAGCUGUUACGAAAAGCAUUCUCUCAAUCACCACACACACACAAAAAAACACCAAAAAAGAAAACAAAAAAACCUCAACUCUCAGAAACAUUUUCAUUUUUGGAGAAAUAAUAUUGGAAAGUAAUUUGGUUUCUUCUCCAUCUGGCUAGGUAUAAACUUGCAUCUUUGAGCAGAAACUCUGGUAUUAUUUUUCUUUUCUCAUUUUACUGAAGCUACAUUGUCAGCAAGUGUACUUUCAUUCUUCUUAGUUUUCAGUCCUUUCCUCUGAUUUUCUUUAAGACUGUUGCUUCCACUCUCUGUUCUAUCUUCAUUCCCCCAUGUGUGUCCCUUACACAGAUACACAUGGUUAAUUUUAAGAAUAGCAGUGAACUUGGUCAGUUGUCUUUUCCUGUCUUUUAAAAUCACUUCAUCAAUCCUUUUUGGGAUAAUACCAAAAAGAAUUACAAGCUUUUAGUCCGCCCUUUUGGUUAAGAGGCAAAUUCAGUUUUUAGGAACCCCCAGAUUAGCAUCAAGUGCUCUUUACCUAUCCCAGUGAUGUUUGACCCUCAUUUCAUUUGUUAGUGUUUGAAUGUUUCACAAAAAGUUGCUUGAGAAGUUAUAUAUUCUAGCACUCCAGCUUUGCUAUUUCUGUGUAACACAUCAUACUAAUUAUCAAUUUUCUGACCAGUGACUUUGAAUUAGUGGGUGUGAUCUAUAGAGUAGAUAGUAUUUUCUCUUUUUUUUUUUUUUUUUUUUUGCCUGUUUUCUUCCUUAUCUCACAGCUCAAUUUUGUGGAUGGUUUCUGUUUUCUAAGGUAGAUUUAUUCCUUUGGAAUUUGGUUGUUGGCAAUAAUAGGAACUGUUUUAUAACCUAGAUGAGAAAAGUUUUUUUUUUAAUGGACUGAAAGUAAUCCGAAGAGUUAAGUCAGUCAUCAGAAGUGCUUUCUUCUGAGCACAUGUGGAGGAAGUUAAGGGGCAGAAAGGAAGAACUGUGUUCCUAUAAGCAGCCUGUGGGUUCACCUACCAGCUCAAAACCACGUUAUAAUGUUUCUACUCCUCACUCCAUACCAGUUUCUUUCCAAAAAAUAGCAACUCAAAAUGAGGAACCCUUUUGAAAGAAAAUAUGGAAAUAAGAAUUAUAAUACUUGUACUUUAUAAUGUUUUAGGCUAUCAAACUCUUUCCUAUCUGCCACUUUUUUCUCCAUAAUACUGAUGGUUGGACAGAGAACAAUGUUCCCUUCUUAUUGGUGAUAAAGCUGCAGAUUGGCAAGAAAAGCAAAUGACUUUCUCCUAAUCACAAAGCAAGUCAACUCAUUUGAGACUAAGGUAAUAAUUGCAGACUGCUGAACAGAUUUCUUUGCCAUAAACUAUGACUUAGAGAGUGUUACUGAGUGAAUAUUUUGUCAGAUCUAAUCUAAGAAUAAUACAAAGUCUACUUAUUGUACAGAAAAUACGCUUCCGAAGUAUUUUGUUUCCACUAUUUAUUUUAGCCAGCUAUUUUCUUAUGCAUAUAUUGGAAGGUCCGGUCAGAUUCAUAGGACUUCUGUAUUAGGGCUUAGGUUAAUGAAGCUUUAUUUUUACCCCUGUAAAAAUUUUUUGUUGUUGUUUUGUUUAAAGAAUGUCCCCAUACUACUGAAACAAAGGGAAACAAGGUCAACAACUCAUAAUCAAAAUUCAAUGGUUUUGUAAUUUGAAAUGGUUGAAGGGAAUGUGCUGGGUAAACUGAUUAUUUUAGUUUCCAGGCACUCAUGGUAAACAUGUAAAAUUGUUGACAUCUCUCAGAAAUAGCUCUGUCUCCCAGUUAUUUGAAUUUGUUUUUUGUUCUACUUUUCCAGCCAUGUAAAAUCUCUGUGUCAAAGGUUAAAUAUACCUUUGUUCAGAGAGUUAAGAAAAAUAAUAAGAUGUAUUAGUUUUUAGUAAGCUCUUUAUAAAGAGGAAAGUUGGGCUACUUCAUCAGUAUAUUAUGGGCUACUAACAAAAAACAUAGUCCAGACUGUUCUAAAAAUAGUCAAAUAACAUUUUUGGUGAUUUAGUUCAAUAAUUGCCUACCCUAAUGCUUCUCUGUGAUAUUGCUAAAUAAAUCCCUGAUGACGUAAGACUUUACAAAAAGAGCUCUUUUUAAAAAAAAAACAAACAGAUAUACGGUCUUUUUUUUUUUUUUUUUUAACUUUUAUGAGCUAACAUUGUGAUAGGUGCUUUAAGAGAAAUAUUUUUCCAGAAUGAUUUUGUAGUAAAAGUAAAGGGCAGCUUUUGUAUUGUGAUGUCUGGGUGGAUAGUCAUCUUUCGGUUACUAAGAAAUCAUGUAGUGUUCCCUAAAGAGAAGCUCAAAAAUCUGCUCAGCAGAAAGAAAAGUAUUGAUUAUUGGUUUCUUCAUUUUCUCUUAUGCUAUGUGGUGACCUACCAAAUAGAUUCACAGGCGUAUCAAUAUCUGUUUGGAGGAUACCGAUUAUGCUUAUCAUUUGUGGGAACAAAAUAUUCAGAUUCUUCACCAUGGUGAAGUAGAGUAGUACUAAAUUCCCAAUAGAGAAUUAUCAAUUUUACAAAAUAAUAUUUAUGUCUCCAGCUGACUUUUUCCUCUCUUUGGGGUAUAUUUACUAUUUAUUUUGUAUCUUUGAUCUUUUUCUUUGGAAGAUUUUACCUAUUGCCGUCCUACUGUAUUAAAUAUCCCAUACAAUGAAAUAGGUUAGUAAAGAUUUUAAAACCCCACAAAUAUCCAUUUUUGGUUCUUAACACAUGGGGGGAACAGUUUUUAUAAAAGCACUUCAACAUGUAGAAGGGAAAGAAUCUUAAUUAUGAUGAUUUCAAUUCAGGAUCAAUAGGUAGUGGCUCUGCAAACAAGGGAACACUUACUAGCAGUACUUGAAGACUUGUGAGUUGAAAUUGCAUGUUACUUGAAAGACCUAAUUAAGCUAAAUUUUGGUGCACAGGAGUUGUACAUGAUUUCAUGUUUAUGUAGCAAAAUGCUUUGAAAUGUACUAGUUUUGAAAAAUACAUGUAAAGAUAGUUGUGAAAAUUGUCUAUUAUAUUUUCCUGUGUGUCUCAUUUAUUUAGAGCAUAAAGUUUCUUUUUUAGUUGUUCUAACUGAAUAAGGCUAAAUGAAUACUGUAAUUGAAAUUAUAUUUUAAAUCUUUGUCAUGAGUUUUUAAAAAAAAAAAACUAUUGCAAAUUGUAUCAUUCCUGAUUACACAGAACUUUGUGGGUGGUUUUAAAUAAAUUUUAUACUUCUAUUUUGCA